AUUAAUAAAUAAACUUUUACAUGGCAAUAGUUUUACAAAGGAAAUUUUUAUAUUUAUUUGAAAAACAUAUUUAGCAAAUGUUAUUUCUAUAUUGUCUAUUUAUAAAGAAUAAUGUGCGAACGCAAUAUUUUUAGUGAAAUGAAGGACAAUUAUAAAAGUCCUAAACUGAAAAAACCCACAGCCACACGUAGUCGCCGUUUUGAGCAAUUUCUUUGGCAGGAACUUUACGAUGAGUAUAUACGCCACAAUGAACGUUUAAUGAAUCCUCAAAUUGACAAAUCGAAUAGCGAAUACUAUGAGGAGUUCUGUAAAGACAUGCCUCCUGUGGAUGAGGCUGCCAAGGAAGCUGUUAUGAAUCGUUAUCCUUUAUAUUGUACUACUGCCAUUACACUCUGGAAUCAUACGGGCGAUAUAACAAAAGAUUUCAAAAAGCGUUAUUCUAUAACACGUCCCGUUGAAGAUCAAAUUGAACAGUUUGGUUGAAAAUUAACUUUUUGAGUUUUGAUUGUACUCGUUUGGGUUGCAAGUUUUUACAAUAAGUCGUUCCCGUACAAAAAUUUCAAUGUAUUUUGUUGUUUUUCUGACUAUUUCUGACUAAAACCUGCAAAACUGACGAGUACGGGAACAGACAUUAUAAUAAAUUGUUUUUGUCAAAAUUGAAUUUUUUAAAAAAACUAAUUCGUAUUUAAAAAAAUUUAAUAUUCAGUAAAAAUCCUCCUGUUAAUCAAAUUUUUAGUUAUAAGUUGUUUUUUUUUUUUUUGCAAAAAAAUUGCAUUUGUAAUACUACAUACAUUUAAUUUUCA